AUGUCCUUUUCUGUAGAAGAUGCAAAACGAACCCCUCAUUGCAGGCUCAUGACACAACUCUACCAGCACAUUGUGGCUUUGGUGUUUGCUGUAAAGGAGAUCAAUGACAACCCACAGAUCUUGCCCAAUGUCACCCUGGGAUUCCACAUCUUGAACAGCCAUUUCGUUGCAAGCUGGACCUAUCAUGGCUCCAUGGAGCUGCUUUCUGGAUGGGGCAGACUCAUCCCCAACUAUAAGUGUGGUGUUGAGAGCAGUCCAGUAGCCGCCGUCGGGGGACCGAAUUCUGACAUCUGUCUCCACAUGGCAAUGGUUCUGAGUAUCUACAAGAUGCCACAGCUCCACCACUUUCUGAGAGGCGUCUCAUUUAACAAUAGUGCCGGGGAAGAGGUUUCAUUUAGCCAGAAGGGGGAUUUGGUAACUGAAUUGGAUAUCAUCAACUGGAUCACAUUCCCAAAUGACUCCUUUUUCAGAGUUAAGGUUGGAAUGAUGAACCCCCAGGCUCCCCCCAGCAAGAGACUCUCCAUUCAUGAUGACACCAUCACCUGGCCCAUCAGGUUCAACCAGGCACAACCCCUUUCUCUGUGCAAUGAGAAUUGCCAAUUGGGCUACAGUCGGACCAAGAAGGAAGGGAAGCUACCUUGCUGCUAUGAUUGCAUCCCGUGCCCAGAAGGGAAGAUUUCAGACCAGAAGGACAUGGACGACUGUUUUGAAUGCUCUGAAGAUCAGUAUCCAAACAGUGACAAGGAUGGGUGUCUUCCAAAAGAUGAAACUUUCUUGUCUUUUGGAGAACCGUUGGGGAUCAGUCUGGCCACUUUUGCUGUCUGCUUUUCUUCCAUCACAGCCGCAGUGCUUGGAAUAUUCGUGAAACACAAGGCGACUCCCAUAGUCAAAGCCAACAACAGGAACCUCACCUACGCUCUCCUCCUCUCUCUCCUCCUCUCCUUCCUUUGUGCUCUGCUCUUCAUUGGCCAACCUAACAAGCUGACAUGCAUCCUACGGCAAACUGCUUUUGGCAUGAUCUUCUCAGUGGCCAUUUCGUGCAUAUUGGCCAAAACUGCCACUGUGGUUCUGGCUUUCAUGGCCACCAAGCCUGGCUCCAGCAUGAGGAAGUGGCUGGGGAAACCACUGGCCAGCUCCGUUGUUCUUUCCUGCUCCCUUAUUCAAGCCACAAUCUGUAGCUCAUGGCUGGCCACUUCUCCUCCUUUCCCAGACGUUGACAUGCACUCAAUGACUGAAGAAAUAAUACUAGAAUGUAAUGAAGGCUCCACUAUCAUGUUUUAUUGUGUCCUGGGAUUCAUGGGUUGGCUGGCCAUUGUGAGCUUCACGGUGGCUUUCCUAGCUAGAAAGUUGCCGGACAGUUUCAAUGAAGCCAAAUUCAUCACCUUCAGCAUGUUGGUGUUUUGCAGUGUGUGGUUGUCCUUUGUUCCAUCCUACUUGAGCACCAAGGGCAAAUACAUGGUGGCUGUGGAGAUCUUCUCCAUCUUGGCCUCCAGUUGUGGGUUACUGGGCUGCAUCUUUACCCCCAAAUGCUAUGUUAUUUUACUGAGGCCUGAGCUGAACAGCAGGGAGCAGUUAAUUAGAAUAAAGAAUUAA